GGGGUCUUAAAACAGGCCUGCUUGCUCGCCGGGACCGGGGAGCGCGGAGGGCUUCGAGACGUGCUCGGCUGCCGCAGCCAUGGCGAGGCAACCAGCAAAGACCUUGUGGUAUGACCGUCUACGAUAUGUGUUCCUGGAGUUCUGUGUCGAGGAGAGCAUGGAUGUGAAAGUUGACCUUGAUGAUUACAAGGUGACAUUCAGCUGUAAGAAUGCUGAUGGUGUGGAGAUGUACAAUGAGAUUCAGUUUUAUGCCCGUGUGAAUUCCAAGGAUUCCCAGAAUAAGCGCUCAGGCAGGUCGAUCACCCUCUUUGUGCGCAAGUGGAAGGAUAAGGUGCCUUGGCCACGUCUCACCAAGGAGGAGUUCAAGCCGGGAUGGCUCUCAGUGGACUUUGAUAACUGGCGGGAUUGGGAAGGAGAUGAGGAAGUGGAGGCAGCCAUGGUGGAGCAGUAUGCAGAGCUCAUGCAGAAGGUCACCACAAAAGGGCCGCCCCCUGCCAUGGAUGACCUUGAUUUUACCACACAAGUGGUUUCCUGCUGCCCUGCAAAGCUAUCCAUAGAAACUGGUGGAAAGAAGCAAACUCUGCAUGGAUUCGAUGUCAUCCUGGAAGACACCAUUCUUUUCCCGGAGGGUGGAGGACAGCCCGAUGACCGGGGAUUCAUCAAUGACAUCCCAGUGCUCAGAGUCACUCGACAAGGUCCAGGUGCUCUACACUUCAUCCAGACAGCUCUUGAGCCAGGGAGCAAGGUGCAGCUAGUACUGGAUUGGGAUCGGCGGUUUGACCACAUGCAACAGCAUUCAGGGCAACAUCUUAUCACAGCACUUGCAGAUCAGAUGUUUGGAUUCAAGACAACAUCAUGGGAUCUGGGUCGCCAGCGAAGCGCUAUUGAACUGGACACCUCCUCAGUGACAGCAGAUCAGGUGGCAGCCCUUGAGCAGAGUGUGAAUGACAAAAUACGAGCCCGAUUGCCUGUGGUGGUGCGAGAGCUGGUGGUUGGUGACCCUGAAAUCCAGAUGGUGAGGAGCCGUGGCCUGCCAGAGGAUCACACCGGUCCUGUUAGAAUAAUAAGCAUCGAGGGCAUUGAUGCCAACAUGUGUUGUGGCACGCAUGUCUCCAACCUCAGUGACCUACAGGUUAUUAAGCUCUUGGGCACCGAAAAGGGAAAAAGGAACAAGACUAACUUAGUUUUCCUGGCUGGGAACCGAGUGCUGAAAGCUCUGGAGCGAAGCUAUUCCACCGAGAAGGCCAUGACGACAUUGCUUAAGAAUGGCCCUGAAGAGCACGUGGAAGCUGUGAAGAGGCUGCAGAACUCUAUGAAGCAGCUUCAGAAGAACAACUUGAACCUAUUGAGAGACUUGGCUGUUCUUACUGCUCAGAGCUUCAAAAGUAACCUGGCUCAGGUACCAGUAUUUGUGUUACACAGGAAAGAAGGUGAUUCCGAAUUCAUGAACAUCAUUGCAAAUGAGAUUGGCACUGACGAAACCCUCCUUUUCCUAUCUGUGGGAGAUGAAAAAGCAGCUGGGCUUUUUCUGCUCACAGGGCCUCCAGAAACAGUGGAACAACUAGGCCCCAGGGUUGCUGAACUGCUGGAAGGAAAAGGGUCAGGGAAGCAUGGCCGCUACCAGGGCAAAGCCACACGGAUGAGCCGGCGGGCAGAAGUGGAGGCCCUCUUACAGGAGUAUACCAGUGAACAGAGCACAGAGCAGUGACUGGUUUGGAUAACUGGUCAAAUGGUGUGAUAAAGAUAUUGGGGGUCGGGGGGGAGCGGGAAGGAGAUUCAGCCACAGUUCCCCAAAAGGUCUAUAAAGUAAUACAAUAAGAA